CGCUCUGGGCUAUCUGUAGGGACCGAGGGUCUCUGGAAGAAAAGAAUGGAGGAGUAGGGCCGGCCAAACGUGCCAUCUGCUUCGAGGGCGUCCUCCUGGCGUGGGAGUCUUAACUCCCUCCACACAGCCAAGCUUCUGAAAGCUAUCAUUCCCCAGAUGGGGGAAUCUCCGAGACAAAACAGCCUUGUUCCCGCAGGUGGCCUCUUGGGUUGCCAAAAACCCCUUCCCACACCAGCUGAGGCCUCCUCAGGGUCUGGCUAUGAGGUGUGCCCACUCACCUGGCAUCUCAAGCCGGGCAUAGGUUUUUGCCAAGGCCAUCUGUUCUGAGGGCACAGAGUCACAUUGUUCUCAGCGUUCCUGGGAUGAGGUUGAAAGAAGGUGAGCCUUGUGAACUCAGAAGAGUCAAAAUGUGGUCCUGGCCUUGGACCAGCUACUUCCCCUCGUUGGCCCUCUGUUUCCUCCACAGUAAGGAGUUUGAAUAGAUGAUCUUCAGGGGGCCUCCCAGCUGGGAUUCAGGGUGUGACCCAAGAAGAGGAGGGAACUGAGGAGAAUCAGUGAAGAAGCUGGACAGCAGGAUCAGGAUGGCAUUCUCCAGCUCCUGCCCUCCUCUAGGGAUAUCUGGGGCAUAUCCCAAGGAAAGAUGGGACCAUUGGGAAGUGGCGGUGGGGAUGGGGGUUAGGUUCUAGACUAGAGGCCAUGCACAAUGGCACAGUGUCUUGGGUGUUUGUAAACCAAAGCCUUGUCCUUUCUUCUGUCAGGAGUAGAGAACUUUCUGUCUUGUACUUGGUGACUACCGUCUGUGAACUUGAAGUUGGUCUUCAAAGUCUACCCCAUUUCCUGUUUCCCUUUGCAUCGCCUAAGCCCUAAAACCUUUCUUGGUGAUUCUGCUUAAUAUGAAUCCCAGUGCUCUCAGGGUAGGGCUGGUUGGGGUGCCCCAAGCCAGACUCUUGUCUCUUUGCAUUCCAUCUAUAAAGUCAACUGUCAUCAUCCCUGGGGGUGGGGGGAGCAGAAAACUUCAUCCCUACAGAUAACUUCAGUUUAGCUUCUUAGUUUAGGAAAACUCCUAAUCUGACUGACCAUCCCCAAAGAAGAAGGUGGUGUGGAGGGUGUGUGUGUGUGUGUGUGUGUGUGUGUGUGUGUGUAUGUGUGUGUGUGUACAAAGAAUUCCUGCUCAUUAAGUGAAGAAUUCAGAUUAGGGACCCCCUGAGGAAAAGGGAAAGAAAACAGCAGGACAUCUCAAAGAAUGGGAAAUCUAAUUAGACACAUGACUCCCUGGGCUGACUCCUUGUCCUCCCUCUGGCCAAUAGAUGAGGGCGUGUCUAGUUGUCCCCUAGUGAGACGGGCAGUCAUCCUCCCCAACACAGCCUUUAUCUCUCUGGAAGCUGUAGGGCCAGACGCAUCCCAAAGCAUCUAAAGGUAAGAAAGGUAAGAUGGAUAUCAGUGGGAUUCAGCCAUUUCCACUUCUUUCUCCCCAGGACCCCAUGAGGCUCCUGGCUUUCCUGGGUCUGCUGACCCUGGUGCUGCAUGAGGCAGGGACAGCUUCUCUCCCAGGGGAGAGGAAGAGAGAAGAGCAGAGCCCCGAGGAAGGUGACACUUAUGCAUUUCUGCAUGUGGGGAACUAUGCCCUGAGCCUGGAGGACUACAGUGACGUCAUUGACCUGAGCAGCUAUGAGGAACCUGCCGACUAUGGGGACCAGACCCCUGAGGCUAAAGUGGACAGCCUAACUCUCCCAACAAGAACCAGUCCCUCCCAGAGCACUGUGGCUCCAAACCUCACCAUGACCAAGCCUACCACCACUGGCCUACUGAACACCCAGAGCAGUCAGGGCCUGCCUACCUGCCUGGUCUGUGUGUGCCUUGGCUCUUCCGUGUACUGUGAUGAUGCAGACCUCAAGAACAUUCCUCCCCUUCCCCAGAUGACCACCUACCUGUACGCCCGCUUCAACCACAUCAGCCACAUCCAGGCCAGAGACUUCAAAGGGCUGACAAAACUCAAGAGGAUUGACCUCUCCAGCAGCUCCAUCUCCUCCAUCCACAACGACGCCUUCUGCCUGCUGCCUGCCCUGCAGGAUCUGAUCCUCUCAGAGAACCAGCUGGCAGCUCUGCCUGUGCUGCCCAACGGCAUCGAGCUCCUGGAUGUGCGCCUGAAUCGGCUGCAGAGCUCGGGGAUACAGCCUGACGCCUUCGUGGCCCUGGAGAAGCUUCAGUUUCUCUACCUGGCAGACAACCUGCUGGAUUCCAUCCCUGGGCCUUUGCCUCUGAGCCUGCGCUCCCUGCACCUGCAGAACAACAUGAUCAAGACCAUGGAAAGAGACACCUUCUGUGACCCCAGGGAACACAGCCCCAAGCGACGGCAGCUGGAAGACAUCCGCCUGGACAGGAACCCGAUCAAUCUAAGCCUUUUCCCCGAGGCCUAUUUCUGCCUGCCAAGGCUUCCUGUGGGCCGCUUUACCUAGAUGCCAACGGCCCUCUCUUCCCAGGUGCAGUGCUCAUAGGCUCACUGAUAGAGAGCUAGCUCCCUGCAGCUAAGUAGUGAUCUGUAGUCCAAGUGUCAGGCAGCCUGUGAGCCGCAGUCGCAAGAUUUCACAACACACACACACACACACAGAUGAGAGAGAGAGAGCCUCCAGUCACCGAAUUUGCUUUUCUCCCUCCUCUUUCCUUACACCUUAUGGCUCCUGACUCAGAGGAGAGCUGCAGCAGAGAUCUUUUCCACGCUCUCCAUCCGUGUCUUCCCACAGAAUUCCAGGAGAGCCAUGAAAGAAAGAGGAGGAAGAGGAGGUGCCAGAG